GACGAUUUCAUUCUGCUGCGACCGCAAUGUCAAAAUGGCUGCGGAGGAAAACAUGGUGAUCAAGCGAAGCAGUUCUUUACAACGCCUCCUUGCCUCCAUAAAACAACACCGAGAACGUGACAGUAAACGUAGUAGCUCCAACAGUUCAGAGGAUGGUUUUGUAGUAGUCAAUUCUUCAAAGGAAACCUUUUGGACUAGGAUAUUUUCACAGCAUUUUCUAGAAGGUGGAGGAGAUGGUAAUGACGCAAGAGAUGACAUGAUGUUUUAUGUGAAGAAAAAUUUAGGAGGAAAAAGUAGACUAACAGCUCAGGCUGAUAUAGAUGUAUAUAGAAAAGAUUCAAAAAAGCUUCCCACUUUAGGAGACCCUGCCAUCGACUGGGAGGAAACUGUGUACUUAAAUGUAAUUUUACAUCAAAUAGAAUAUCAACUUACCUGUGCAGUAUGUAGCAGAACAGGGGAUAAAGAAUUACAAAUACUCAAAAAAAUUAGCCAAAAAGUAUAUGCAUCUCCUAGUCGUAGGCAAAUGGAAAGUAAAGGCACAGAAGAAAUAAUGACAUACCCAGAUAUAUUUUUCAUGAUAGAUGAUUUUGAAGAGAUAUUUAGUGACAUUAUAAUCCGUGACAGUGAGAUGGUAUGUGUAGAACUGGUGGCCAGUGAUCGUAUGGGAGAGCACCAUGGAGUGAUAUUCCUGGGCUCAGUGCGAUAUGAUGCUCUCAGGAGGGUUUAUGAUACUAGGGCUAGUCUAUCCCACAGAAUGGCCAGUUCUAUGUCCCUAGGUUUAUUUAGUGGUAAUCGUAGGGUAGAAUUCUUAAAAAUGCGUGGUCCAGGGAGUAAAGGUUUUGCCGAGAUGGCAGUGAGCAGGGUGCAAGGGACAGGAGUAGACACACCUGCUUCAACACCAGACUCUGAGAAUUUCCCAGAAAAUGGCUUUGAAGAGGCUCCGAACCCACCACAGAGGCGAAUGAGUGAUCCUAGUCAAGCCAUUCAGUGGGUGAAGAGUAGCUUCAGGAGAGGCAUGAAAAAGUCCCAGUCAGCACAGGAGAACGUGGACGAUGUCAGCUCAAAUAACUGCCAAGAAGUUGAAGCUUCCAACUUACUAGAUGGUAAUACUAUACUGAAAACAGGCGUAGAACUUACUAAACCAGAUAACUACGGCUUCAUAGGGAAAUCAUUUGGGCAGGCCUGGCACUGGUUUAAAGAAAGACGGCGUGCAACUUCGCCGGCACUGAAUGCCUACCUCACUUAUGUCACAUUACCAUGGCACUUAAUUAUAGCUGAUGUCCUUGAACCUAGGCAACAACCUGUGUUGACAUUUUAAAUGGUGCUGUCAAAUAAUUGGUGCUUAUUCACGUGUGCAACUCGGGGCUAGAUAUGGUAUGCAUGUGUAGCAGAGAAGCUCUUCGUCAAAGGAAUGCUGGUUAGAAAGCCUGGCUGACCAGCGAGCACAAAAAGGAACUCAGAAAACCUGGGACCUGGUUGUAUAACUAUUGAAUGAACUUGGUAUGUUAUUAUUUGGAUGUGGUAAUAGGAAAAAAAUGGAAGCAUAUUAUUCAAGGUUAGUUUAAAUGAAAGGGACAGUUACUGGGCAUGAAAUAUUUGACUGCAGGAUUUAGAUUCAGUUGCUGGGGAGGUAACAGUAAAGAAAUUGUUGUUUGAAAAGACUCUAGAAGGAAACCUAUUUAAAAUUUAUUUUAAUCUGUCAAAAGAAAACCAAAUUUAACCAGUAAAAAGAUACCUAAAGAGCUGCUUCAUGGUUUACUGCUUUAUAUGAAAUAGGACUGGCAGAAUUCUGGAAGUUUUACCAGAUAUUGGUGACUUAUUGCACUUUGAUGAAGAGAAAAGUUGAAAAUGAAGAUGCGCAUUCCUUGAUGUUUGAGCACCGAAUUUAAUCAUUCCACAACAAAGAAAACUUUGUUUUCAUUUAAUUAUUGAAAAUUCCACAUCGUUUACAGAAUUUGGUUACCAUUAUUGGUAUAAUUUUUAAAUAUUGCCAAGUGCAUUCAAGUGAAAUUAUUUAUUUUUUAAGAUAUUUGAUGUGGCACCUCAAUUUGUAGGGUGGAUUUUAAGAUGGAUGGAUGAAGACUUAAUGUGGUUGGCCUAUGUUUAUUGUCCUUGCAAUUAUUAUUCUGUUGUGAAAAGUGGCUGUUUGUAUUCUGUAUUGCCAUUA